AUGACAUCUAUGGAAAACAGAACUGAAGUGAAUGAGUUCAUCCUUAUGGGAUUAGCAGAUGUUCCAGAGCUUCAGGUCCUUCUCUUCAUCAUAUUCACUUUUAUCUAUCUCAUCACCCUGGUUGGGAACCUUGGCAUAGUAACUCUGGUCUCCUGGGAUUCUCACCUCCACACCCCCAUGUACUUUUUCCUCUGUAACCUUUCUCUGGUAGAUUUUGGAUUCUCCUCGACUGUUACCCCCAAGGUGAUGGCUGGUCUCCUCACAGGGAACAAGGUUAUCUCCUAUAAUGGAUGUGUAGCACAGUUAUUCUUUUUUGGAGCUUUUGCUACUAUUGAAAGUUACCUGUUAGCCUCCAUGGCCUAUGAUCGUCAUGUUGCUGUAUGUAAGCCCCUACAUUACACCACUACAAUGACUUCAACAAUAUGUACAUAUCUAGCCACUGGUGCUUAUAUUUAUGGUUUUCUGACCUCCUCUAUAGUCAUGGGAAACACAAUUAAGCUAUCAUUUUGUCGGUCCAACAUAAUCCAUCACUUUUUCUGUGAUCUUCCCCCUCUCCUAGUUCUCUCUUGCUCUGAUAUUCACAUAAUUGAGUCAGUAAUCUUUAUCUUAGCAUCAUUCAAUGCUUUUUUCCCAAUUCUUGCCAUCUUUACUUCUUAUUUGCUAAUUUUCAUUGCCAUCCUGCAGAUACAUUCUGCUGAAGGCCGCCAGAAAGCCUUCUCCACCUGCGCUUCCCAUCUCACAACAGUGUCUAUAUUUUAUGGGACAAUUAUUUUCAUGUACCUCCAACCUAGCACAAAUCACUCAAUGGAUUCAGACAAAAUGGUGUCAGUGUUCUACACCAUGGUUAUCCCCAUGUUAAAUCCUCUCGUCUAUAGUCUGAGGAACAAAGAUAUCAAGAACUCUUUUAGGAAAGCUGUGAAGGGUCAACAACUUCAAUUAGAUCAGCUUUUGUCUUAG